UUUGUAUCCGAGGAUGAUCCUCGGCCAGCAGAUUCUUGGAUACCAAAUGAAGGCUUCGGGUCUCAGAAUCCUGAAGCUCAACUCAACUGUGAACAAGGCUGGCGCAUUACUUCGAUUAAAUUUGCCAGUUUUGGAUCUCCGGAAGGAAAUUGUGGUUCAUUCAAGGCAGGGACUUGUCAUACUAACAUACUAUCAAUGGUUAAAAAGGCUUGCAUUGGUGAGGAGAAGUGUUCGAUACCCAUAUCUGCUGCUAAUCUUGGUGAUCCUUGCCCCGGUGCACUGAAAACCCUUGCCAUUGAAGCUAUAUGUAGUGAAUGAAAUCCCAUUGCUUUUUUACUUGGUAAAAAUACAGCAAUGCCGUAGGUUUUGUAUUUUGACAUGCAAUUGAGAACACAGAAGCUUGCUGAAUAUAUCUUUCUAAAUUAUAUGCCACUGGAAAGUACUAAAAAAUUUCACAACAAAUCAGUUUUGUAUGAUUAUCAUUUUGGUAAAACGAUUAAAUUUAUCCCACAAAGACAUGACGCAUACAAGAUUCACAAGUGUUUCGUUUUAUAAUCAAACGACACCAUUGUCUCACUACAAGACAGGGUCCUUACCGGCAUCACGGAACAAGAAGUAUCUUCCCAAUAUGCUCAUUACUUUCCAUGAGUCGAUGAGCCUCCCCAGCCUC